AUACAAAGAAAAAUCACUAGAAACCAAGAGAGUCAAAGAUUAAAAAUGAUUGGCAGAGAUUUCAUUUGUUUUAUUUUUGGCUUUUUAUGUGUCUUCAUAGCUAAAUGGAAUUUUAAAGUUUAACUGGAAAGAACAAAUUGUGAGAGAGGAGAGAGAGAUAUGGCAAUGAGUGGUUCUUCAGGUUUAGGUCAUCUGCUCAUGGUUCUUCUUCUUCUUAGCACCCUCUUUCACCAUACCGGAUCUGCUUUGCCCUCUGAUCAUGAACAACUCUCAAUAACUGGGAGGAGAAUGAUGGCGAAUUAUAAGCCCAAUGCUGCAGUAGAAACACCACCAUCAAGAAGUAGACGAGGUGGUGGUGGUCAGAAUACGAUAUAAUCUUAUAGGGAGGAGCUUGAUGAGUAUGUAUAAGACAAAUAGAGAUAUAUACAAGACCUUCAAGCAGUGGACACAUUCACCAACAUUACACUCCUUAGCUUUGGCCAGUAUACAAACUUGUAUAACGAAUUAAUCA